AAUUUAGCAAAAGAAUUAUAUUUGACUCGCUGAUUUAGAAGGUAAUUUCUCUCUUUUGUUAUUAUAAAUUAUAAUUCAUGAUACAAAAAAAGAGUUUUGAUAGAGCUGGGGAUGAUUGACCAUUCACAAGUGAAUUGUUUACUAAGUUAUUUUUAUUACCUCUAAAGUUUUGAUUAACUCUAUUUAUGUUGGAAAAAGCUAAUCUAAAGGCGAUAUGGGGUAGUGAGAUUCAAAUUUGAAGGAGACAUGGUUUUGGCAGAUAGUGUUGUUGUAUGUAUUGAUGAGUUUGACAAAAUGAGACCAGACUAGAGGACAUAGAUAUAGGUUAGCAAUUCUCCAUAUUAUUCAAAUGUUUACCCUACAAUAACGAAAAUUGUACACUACAAUUAUUAUAGCUAGCUAGUUGUUUAUGUCAUCUAGCUGUUACACACUCAGCUAGUUGUUUCUUUGCCCACCAACUCUUAAAAAACGUUGACUGUGGGAUCAACUUUAGAAAAGAAAAAAGAGAAAAAUCCAAGCCUUCAUUUCCUUUUCUCCUUCUGGAUAUCCAUAAUCUUCUUUACUAUCUUAUUUUUCUUUUCUUUGCCAAGUUUGAGUUAUUUCUUCAAUAUUCACUGAUAAAGGACUAUUCACUCUGCUUAUUCUACAGGAAUUAUUUUUCUGCUGCUCUUUCAAAGGGGAGUUAUGUUAUAAAUCAAAGAAGAAAAUGGCUGAGACGUUCUUGACUCCAGUUAUCGAGAGCUUGAUUCAGCUACUUAAAGACGAAGUUAAGUCCUUAAAGAGUGUCCAUAAAGAAGUAGAAAGCUUAAAGAAAGAACUAGAGAUCAUUCAAUCUCUUUUCAAAGACACAGAUGAAAGGGAACUAACCAGUAAUGCUGUGAAAGUCUGGUUGAAACAGCUCAGAGAACAAGCUGAUCGUAUAGAGGAUGUUGUUGAUGAAUACAGAUGGCAUUUGGCGCAGGGCACUGCUGACAAGAGUGGUUUCAUUGGCUUUUUUUACAACAUAGGUGGCCGAAUCAAAGCUUUGAAGUCCCGUUAUCCUUUGUCUUCACAUAUUCAAGACAUUAACUUAUCUUUACGGAGAAUCAAAGAUACAGGCCAAGGAUUCGCCUUGGGUCACUCUCUACAGAGAGUACAAGGGUCAACUAGUGAAAAUUCGUGCAUAAAAGAGCAAGACACACGACUUGGUUCUCAUUUUGUUGGGCAAUAUGAUGAAUACUUGGAUGUUCCUUUGGCUCAGAAGAAACUGAAAAGCUCUUUGGUGGAAGGAAUGUCUGCACGUAUGAUUAUAUCAGUGGUAGGCCAAGGAGGAAUUGGCAAGACUACUCUUGUUAAGAAAGUCUAUGAUGAGGUGAAACACAAAUUUGAUUGCCAUGCUUGGAUCACUGUGUCUAAAUCGUAUGACUUGAUGAUUUCAUUGAAGAACACGAUGAAACAGAUUGGCCUAACAGUUGAAUCUACAUCUUUAGACUAUGAUACGAUGAUCCAAGAUUUAAUUACACCGCUAUGGCAAAAUUUGGAGACAAAAAGGUAUGUGAUUAUUUUUGAUGAUGUUUGGGAUAGAGGUUUUUGGGAAAAGAUGAAAUAUGCUUUGCCUAGUAAUGAUAAUGGAAGUAGGGUUAUUAUCACAACACGAAAUGAAACAGUAGCCCCCUGCGACGAUAUCCAAAGGUUGGAAAUUUGGUCUCAUAAAAUGGCUUUUGAGCUAUUUUCUAAAAAAGCAUUUAGACACGAGUUUAAUGGUUGUUGUCCUGAAGAGUUAGUAAAAUUAUCUUACGAGAUUCUCAAAAAAUGUCAAGGCUUGCCACUUGCAAUAGGGGCCAUAGCUGGUUUACUAUCGAGAAAAAAGAAGGUUCAAUCUGAAUGGAAAAAAGUUCUUGAUGAUAUUAAUUUUGAGUUCAAAACGAAUCCUCAACUCGUAGGAAUUUUUGAAAUUCUCUCUCUCAGCUAUGUUGAUUUGCCUUUCCACCUCAAAUCUUGCUUAUUGUAUUUUGGAAUUUUUCCAGAAGAUUAUUCACUUCCGAAAGGAAGAUUAUGUCACCUAUGGAUUUCUGAGGGUUUUGUUAAAGUAAGAGAAGGAAAAUCAUUAAAAGAAGAAGCUGAAAGAUACUUGAAUGAGCUUGCCGAGAGAAGUUUAGUUUCGAUUGAGAUGAGGCGUGGAAGAGGGAAAGGGUGCAAAGUUCAUGAUUUGAUGCAUGAGUUCAUCCUAUUAAAGGUAAAGGAUUUAUGUUUUUGUCAAAUUUUGAACAAAAACAAAUUGGAAUUUGAGGAAAACAAACCUCGCCGCUUGUCAAUCCACAGAAGCAUACCAAAAACUGUUAUAAAAACAAUUCAACAAUGCACAACCGUUCGCUCGAUCUUUCUUAAGAACUUCAAUGACGAUGAGCAGUGGAAUGGUAAGUAUUUUUUGAUGGCUUUGUUUCAAAAUCUAAAGCUUCUGAAAGUGUUGGUCAUUGACGAUGCAACUCUUGAUUAUCUUCCCAAGGAAAUAGAAAAAUUGUUCCACCUGAGGUUGUUGGAUUUGAGCUUUUCAAAAAUUAAAGUUCUUCCAGAGUCCAUUGGUAAGCUACAUAAUCUACAAUGCUUGAAUCUCAAGGGUACCCAAAUAGAUAAGCUUCCGAAAUCCAUCGGUAAGCUUCAGUAUCUACGUACUUUGAAUCUCUGGAAUACCCUCGUGCAUGAGCUGCCAAUGGAGAUAAAUAAGCUUUGCAAUCUUCAUAAUCUUUUUGUUUGUCGUAUGAAGGACUUACCUGAGAGGCCAGGUGAUUUGUUUGGGGUGAAGAUACAAGAAGGAUUUGGUAAUUUGGAGAAUCUAGAAAUGCUAGAAUUUGUUGAAUUGCAACAUGACAUAGUUGGUUUCACAAAGGAAUUGGAGAAUUUGAGCAAGUUGAAGAAUUUGGGUGUGACUAAUGUGACUAAAGAAUCUUCUAAAGCUAUUUGUGCUGUUGUAGCGAAGAAGUUGAGUCACCUUGAAUAUUUGUAUUUGUAUACUAAAGAUGCUGAUGAGUUUCUAGAUUUGGAACCAAUUUCAUCAUCUCCUCCUCUUUUGUUGGAGUCAAUUGAAUUGUCUGGUCGAUUAAACAAGUUCCCGCAUUGGGUGUCAGAUCUCACCAAUUUAGAGUCGUUCAUUUUAUGUAGUUCAAAAUUGACAGUGAAUCCACUUAAAUAUCUGAAAGACUUGCCCAAUCUAAUGUGGCUUCGAUUGUAUGAUAAUUCAUAUGAAGGAGAGGAACUACACUUUGAGGAAGGUGGUUUUCCAAAGCUCAAUGAGCUCUGCUUAAUAAAUUUGCCAGAGUUGAAGAUGAUGAAGAUAGAUAGAGGAACAUUGCCUCUUCUUACAGCACUGAUCAUUAGUUCUUGCCCACUAAUGGAGCAGCUUCCAUCUGGUGUUCAAUAUCUAACAAAGCUAAAAAGCUUUUCUAGCAGGAACAUGUCUGUGGAUUUUAUAAAUGGAGUGCAUCGAAAUGAGGGCCCAGAUUACUACAAAAUUCAGAAUUUGUCAAUAUUGGAUAUUAAAUGAAAUUUGUUCAUUAAACUGAGCAUUUUUGUUGUUUUCUUUUAUGCGUCCUGGGUGUUAAUUUUGUUUUGUAAUUUUUGGUUUUCCAUGUAUUUUAAUAAUAUAUACUAAAUAAGGUUUGAAUUUGAUUGUUUUAGAUUUGGGUGACAUUUGCAUAAAUAAAUUAUUUGUAUAUUUUUCUUGCCUUCCCAUAAGCAAGAAAGAGAUAUCAAAGUAUACUAACAUUUUCCUGCAAAAAAAGAACAAAAUUACAGUAACAUUUGAAGAGUCAAAA